AUGUACGGGACAGUGCUCUUGUGUCUCUGCGCGUGCACCGUAGCCGCUGUUGCUAACGGGAAACUUCCGACCAGGAGAGGCCCGGAGGAGAGGAGCACCCGUGACCCGGCAGCGGUUGCCCUGGAUACACCUGUGCCCGGCAGAACUCUCCCCCCAGGGAGCGGUGGCCAGUGCCUGGUGAAUGGGAUCUAUCUGUUUGAGGGAUCGGUCUGGUCUCCUGAGCCUUGCUCUGUGUGCCUUUGUCAGAGUGGAGUUCCGCGCUGUCGCUCCACUCCCUGCGCCAAUGAUGAUCCUCUCACCCCUAAGUCCCCGGCCCAUGGGGAGAGGGGACCGCCCCGGAAGGUAGCAUUGAAGGCGGGGAUGAAAGCGAGGAGGAGGGCUGACGGGAGAGGCGACGGGAGCGGCAGGCUGCAGCUCUCUCCCGCCGUGCUCAGGAGGAAUGUGGCCGAGGCGAAGCACAAGCAGCAAGAGACAGGGUCCGUUACGGUGAAGGAGGUGAGCGUGAGCGUGAGCCUGACAAAGAGGGUGGCAACAAUCGGAAGGAAGCAGGAAGCUGGGACGAAGGUGGAGAUGCCGAAGGUGGUGAAGGCGGGGAAGCCGCCUCUGGCAAAGGGGAGGGAGGCGGCCGGAGCGGUCGACAGCAGCGCCGUGGCGGUGAAGAAAACUCAGAGCGGAAAGAAACAAAAAGACGACGAUGAUGACGACGAGGACGACGAAGACGAGGACGACGAUGACGAGGACGAGGAGGAAGAGGAGGGGAAGGAGAAGGAGUGCGAGACCACGCCGCCCCCCGAGCGCUUCCCCAGCUCCGUCUUCAACAGAACCGGCUUCAUGGAGUCCCUCCCCGCCGGGUGCCUGCUGUCCGAGUCUCUGAUCGCCUGCGGCAGCGUGGGGAUGGCUCACCUGCCCAUCAUCACCGACCUGGGCGUCAAAACUCUCUACCUGGCAGACAACAAGAUCAGCAAGCUCCCGCCCCGGGGCCUAGCUGGGCUGCCCAACUUGGAGUGGCUGGAUCUCAGCAAGAAUAAACUGGAGGACUCCUCCCUGAGCAUCGGGGUGUUUCGGAAUCUGACAAAGCUGAAAAGGAUAAACCUGGAUGGGAACAAUUUGACAAAGAUCCCACGACUGCCAACAUCCCUGGAGGAGCUCAAGAUUAACGAUAACAAGAUCAGGAGCCUAACACCACAUAGCUUCAAAGGUUUGUCCAAACUGCUGACGCUGGAGCUGGAGGGCAACGGUUUCCAUGAUGGGAACGUGUCCCCGCUGGCCUUCAGACCCCUCAGGGUGAUCAUCUACCUGCGGCUGGACAAGAACAAGUUCCGCGCCAUCCCAUCCGGACUACCCCCUUCCCUCCAGGAGCUGCACCUGUCAGAGAAUCGAGUGGAGGAGGUGCAUGAAGGGAUUCUCAAUAAGACGGUGGAGCUGAAGGUCCUGGAUCUGAGCCAUAACCGCAUACGGGAGGACCGCAUCGCGCCUCGGGCCUGGAUACACCUGCCCAAGCUAGAAGCCCUGGAUCUUUCCCACAACAAGCUGGUCCACGUGCCCUCCUUCCUGCCAACAGCCCUGCGCCAGCUCACCUUGCACCACAACCAAAUUGAGCGCAUCCCCGGGUACGUCUUCGGCCACCUGCGGCCGGGGCUGGAGUCCCUCAACCUGUCCCACAACCGGCUGACCGCCGACGGCAUACACGGGGUGUCCUUCCUGGGCCUGUACCGCUCGUUGACCGAGCUGCUCCUGGACCACAACCGGCUGCGGUCCGUCCCCCGGGGCCUGCUGCUGCUGAAGUCCCUGCAGCUCCUGAGGCUCAACCACAACCUCAUCAGGUAUGUGCCCAUGAACUCCAUCUGUGACACCAGAGUCAGUGAAGACUCACCCCUGGUCUCCGUUCACCUGGAGAACAACCUGAUCAACCGCCGUCUCAUCCCUCCGACAGCUUUCUCCUGCAUUAAGAGCUACCACAGCGUUCUCCUGCGGCCCCAGGCCUACGAGGAGGAGGAGUAG